AUGUCACUAGUAUUUUGGAAACCCGGAACCGUCGGCCCAGGCAGUAAUCUCGACAGAGCAUCCGAAACAGAAGAAAAUGUUAUCCCGUCUGCUCCAAAUAAUUCGUACAGUCAACGGGAACGCCUUCCGAUCUUUAAGCAUCGGGAGAAGCUACUAUAUUGUAUCGAAAAGUAUGGUGUAGUUGUCGUCGUUGGACAGACAGGCUGUGGUAAAACUACUCAACUCCCGCAGUAUCUUCUUCAGGCCGGCUGGGCAGAUAAUGGGCACGUUGUUGCGUGCACUCAGCCCCGUAGAAUUGCUGCAACGUCGGUAGCAAGCCGAGUCGCCAAUGAAGCUGGAACCAAAUUGGGAGAUGAAGUGGGAUAUACCAUUCGUUUCGAAGAUGUCAGCAGUAAGGAGAAGACGCGCCUACUUUACAUGACCGACGGGAUGCUCUUUCGCGAAACUCUGGUCGAUCCCCUGCUCAGCCGUUACAGCGUUAUAAUGGUCGAUGAAGCCCACGAACGCAGCGUAUAUACCGAUCUUCUGCUGGGGAUAUUGCGAAAAAUUCGCAAGAAGCGACCAUCCCUUCGUAUAAUAGUCUCAUCUGCGACCUUAGAUUCAACAAAGUUUCUCGAUUAUUUUUCUCAAGGGACUUCUCCGGAAGAGGCCACAAUCAUCAGUUUGGAAGGCCGCAUGUAUCCUGUGGAAGUAGCCUACCUCCAAGAACCAGCCCCGGACUAUGUCCGUAAAGCAGCUGAAGUUGCUUGGAAUAUUAAUUUACAGCAAGGUCCUGGGGAUAUUCUUGUCUUCCUUACUGGACGAGAAGAUAUUGAUAGAUGCCUGCAGGAAUUGUCAGACAUGAUACCUACCUUACCCUCUCGUGCAACUCGUUUGAUACCGCUUCCACUGCAUGCUGGCCUAACAACGGAUGAACAACUUCGGAUUUUUCAAUCAGCUUCCCCUGGAACAAGAAAAGUCAUUAUAUCCACCAACAUAGCAGAAGCUAGCGUAACGAUUGACGGCGUCAAAUUCGUCGUUGAUUGUGGUUUUGUCAAAAUUCGUGUGUUCAAUCCUACAACGGCCUUAGCAUCGCUAGCAACAGUUCCGAUAUCUAUGGCUUCUGCUACCCAACGGGCCGGCAGAGCGGGACGAACUUCACCUGGUGUCUGCUACAGGCUAUAUCCCAUGUCGGUUUUCAAGAGGCUGCCAGCAACAACAUCCCCAGAAAUCACACGGACCGACAUGACGACACCCAUUCUGCAACUCAAGUCACUGGGGGUUGAUGAUCUCAUGAAAUUCGAUUGGGUCUCUGCGCCUCCUGCAGAAACUGUCCUACGAGCUCUGGAAGGCCUCCAUGCUGCUGGCAUGAUCGACGAACAUGGCAGACUGACCCCCAUCGGCGAACAAGUAUCGGAAUGUCCUGUCGAGGUGGGGAUUGCGCGCAUGUUGUUCCAGUCGAAAGAAUACAAAUGCGGCGAAGAAAUCCUAACUAUUGCUGCAAUGACGGCGGUUCAAGAUGUUUUUGUUAUUCCGGAUGGGGCCGCCGGCGCCUUGGCCGAGCUAGAAAGAAGGAAGUUUACAGCAGAAGAAGGGGACCAUUUCACUCUCCUCAAUGCAUACAACGCAUUCACGAGAUAUGGUCGAUCCUCUGGCUGGUGCAAGUCCCAUGCACUGUCCUUCCGAGCCAUGUCUCGUGCAGUCUCAAUCAGAUCGCAGCUGAAAAAAUACAUGCAAAGGUUCAAUCUGCCGCUCGAGAGCUGCGAGGGGGACUCAAAGAGGUUAGCCCAAUGUCUUGUUAGUGGCUAUUGGCGGAACGGUGCUCGCUGGAUGGCAGAUGGGACAUACCGCUCUGUUAGAGGAAACAUGUUACCUCCAGCUUCAAGCCGACCAUUUGAGAUGGGCUCAAGCCAAUCAACGUCCAACUCUUCAGACGAGAAGGUCUUCCAGAGUGAGACUCCCAUUUCAUUCUCACCAGAGGUUGUGAACCAACUCUCCGACCGCCUUGAGUCUCCUGAAACGACGCCUGAACGGCAGUCAAUUCUGGACUCACACAUUGUAGCAAAGAUCCGGGACGAGCUUGAACACCUGAAGAGGGAUGAGGAGGUCGUCCGACAAGAGAUAGAACGGACACUUGAGAGAGAGAAUCUAGACCGGGAAAAGGCUAUGGCUGGCGAGGCGUCAGAGGGAGACGGGAGUGCAACUGGCGAUGUUCGAAAUAGUGCGGCGCUACUUGGCGACCUUGAAGAAGUCCGGGCCAAGAUUGAAAAGUACCAGGUCAACAAGAAGUCGGCUGAAUACCCAGAGGUUGAGGCUAGUGGUGCUGCUGUAUCUGAAUGUUACAGAAAAAACAACGACACGCCUCUUAAUUGUUGGCCUGAGGUCACUAGAUUCAGGGCGUCCGUAGACAAGCUAGAGGAGCAAUACUUCAAGUCGUUACAAUGA